ACCCGCACCCCAGCCGUUGUUCGGUCGACAAUCCCCCGGCCCGCCCACAGUCAUCCUCUUCGAGUCGCGUUGCUCCGACUCGCGUCCGAGUCCCACCGACCACCGAAUCCAUACGGACACGACCGUCAUCUUUUACUCCUCCUCGAGCCAUAGCCGCCGCGCCGCCGCCGGCUAUUGUCCUACUGUCCGUGCCGCCAAGCCAUCACGCGACAAUAACCCCACAUCCAACACACGCCGCCUUCCUUGUUCUUCCCCUGUUCGGCAAAAGGACACAGGAGAGAGAGACAGUGAUCAGGCUGCUCCCUGCUAGUUGAUACAGACACCGACCUUGGACACACAAACACUUCGUGGGCCAACUUGAUACCAGCUUUGCCCACCCACGUCAACACAGUCCCGCCCCGUUUGUAUUUACCCCGCGUUUUGGCUGGACCGUGCGCCGGCGGCUGUUGAAAAUCGAGCCCCUCCCCCCCCGGCCCCCACCAACUAGUUUCGACUUAGGAUCAUUGUCGCCGUUGCCGCUCCUCCUCUUGACCACUUUGCGUCUCCCCCUUAUUCGGCCAUUGUCGGUGCACCCACCCGACAAGGACACAAGCAACCCAUCGCGCACAACCCUCCUCUGCUCUCGACACUACCCACAACACAUCUCCAUCUCACCGCCAACUCCCUCAAUCCCAUCGUUUACCGCAACUCGCGUACCCCCCCAUCGCUCACCUCCGCCUCCCUUCCUUCCCCCACCCCCAUCAAUCGCCGGUCCAGAUCGACUCAUCACAAUCCUCCCUUUCUAGCGGCUGAUCCAACCUCAUCAACACUCACCUCAAACCUCCGUCUCCAUGAUGGCAGGAGAGGACAAUGUCUCGACCCAGCCCUUGAGGCCGGCAGGCGAGGCUGGCUCGCCCCCCUCGGCUUCCGCUUCGACGCCGGCCGCGGCACCGGUCACAAAGUCCAGCUUACCCCCGCUUCAACCGCGUACCCGCACACCCAAGCCACUGGAGGCGCCACCAUCCAAGUCGCAACCGCCACCAGAGCAUCCUAGACAACCUGCACCUCUGGCAGCUCCAGCAGCUCGCCCGAGCGGUCUCCUCCGCACGUCGUUCAACACAUCCAGCUCGUACUCGACGCCAUCCAUGUACCGUGCGUCCUCGACGCACGAACGCGACGUUCGUGAGCCGCCACGGCCAAGCCCGACCAAGCCAGAGCUCGACAAGGAGGAGCUCACGACCAAGGGACGCAAGAGGAAACGUCUGGCCAAGGCGUGCAGCGCGUGUCAUAAAAACAAGCGCCGAUGCGACGGCUUUGCUCCAUGCAGCAACUGCGAGUUCUCUGCGCGACCAUGCGUCUAUCUCAACGCCCAGGGAGAAGAGAUCCCGCCACCUCGUACUCGUGAUUCUUCUGCUGCACCAAUGAACAAGCGCGGUUCAAACGACGACGGAAAACCAGCCUACAUUCCCGCCGGCCCAGAUCGACGUCCAAGCGGCGGCAACUCGAGUGGCGCCCCUGGCGGUCCCGGCGGCGAAGACUGGGGUCGUCGUGACUACCGCGAUGGCGACCGCCCGGGCAAUGACCCACGCGACUGGCGCAACGGAGAACGCCCCAGCUCCUUUGGCCCGCUCGAUGUGGUUGACCGUGACAUUGCGCUCCAGGCUGAACUCAUUGAGAUUUUCCUCAAGAGGACACACCCUUACCCUGCCAUGCUUCAUGUGCCGACGUUCCUACACCGGCAUUACCUCAACCGAGUGUCGCCUAUUCUUCUCGACGCUAUUUACACAAUGGCCUCUCGCCUAAUGGAGACAGAAUCAUUUGUGUCUGCCUUUCCACCAUCCGUGCCAACCCACUUGAGGGGCCAGACUUUUGCCGAUCGAUGCCGCGCCAACAUUGAUCGGAUCGUUGAAAUGCGUCAGCAUUGGUCCGAGGAGGACCACCGGCUCGACUCGGGUACCUGGGACGAGACUGAGUUUGUGCAAUCGUGCGUUCUCAUGUCGUGUUACUUCAACUCGACCCGCCAGCCGCGGUUGGGCCUCUACUAUCUCGACGUUGCCCUGUCUGUGCUCCGACCGAGUAACUCCGGUCUACUGCCUCCCCCCUCGGCUCGCCUAAACCUGUCGACGCCCGAGUUCCACACCCUGGCAGAGGUCCGAAACCGCACAUUCUGGAUGAGUAUGGUCCAGGACGUAUGCUCGUCCGCGGGCGGCCGUCCCCGCCGAAUGAUGGACCACGAGCUCGCCAACGUGCCCCUGCCCGGCUAUGAAGUUUACUGGUACCGCUACGGCGGAAUGGCCUCGGGUGGCCGUGAGCCUGGACGCCGAGACUCGAUCACGCCUGGCACAGGCAACUGGCAUUCCGAGGAAGGAGCCGUCGGCGAAUUCGGCCAUAUCAUGCGCAUCAUGAUCAUUUACUCGAACAUUAUGGCCAUUGCCAACAAUGCUGGCGGAGGAUCGCUAGAGGCGCGCCACAUGCCGCCCAGCCACUAUGAGCAGGCUCUCAAGUCGUGGGCCAUCGAACUCCCUCGCCAGUUCCGCUUCGACGAGGUCAACCUCUCGGCGGCCAUGACCAAGAUUCCCCACGCGCUCACAGAAGUCACGUUCAGCGGUUGGGCCUUUGCCUACAUGCACGUCGUGGCAGAGUGCGGCAUGUUCUACCUCCAGUCCAAGCAUGCGGGAGCACCGUUUGCCAUCCAACGUCAAGGGCAGGCGGUCGACAACCUCACCGUCAUCAUUGACUCUCUGGGCGAGCGUGGCCGCGAAGGACCAUUGAUGUUCUUUGCCACGGUCAUUAUCACUUGCUGGACGGACCAUAUCCGCGCUACCGCUCCCUCUGGCAACUACCAAGCCCUUGACGAUCGCCUCAGCUUGUGGUGGGGCGAGUCGUACCGCGAAUGGGGCUGGGAGCGCCGGGAGACGCUCGAGCGUGGAUUGUUCCCGUUCCUCGAUGCUCCUACCCCUGGCCGCGAGGCUCCUCGUGACCUUCGUCCCUUCCCAGGAGCGCCUACAUUGGCGAGUAACCGCACGCAGUUUGAACCCUCACCGUCAUCCCUUGGUUUGUACCAGACGUCACCGCGCCAGAACGGUGGUGGCGAGUCGACCGUGUCUCCUGCGUCGCACGCCGUAGUGACUCCCUCCGAGUCUACCUACAGUGGCGCCAGCAGCUCGCGGUACCCCGUCCUUCCUCCUCUGCGCCCCCGCGCGUCCUCUGGAUCGUUUGGUCGCCGAUCACCUUCGCCUGGCCGCACCCAGCGGAAGAAUGGAUCCGUGAGCGGUCCGACUCUGGACCGCGAGCGCGACAGAGAACGCGAACGCGGCGAGCGUGGCGAGCGUGGCUCGGACCUGCACCUCCCCCCUCUCGGCUACCGCAAGGGCCCAAGCUCCAACGGGCCGCUGGUCGACCGCGAGUAUGAGCGUGAGCGCGAGCGCGAGCACCAUGCCGAGCAUGGUCCGGCCGACAAGGAUGUCCGCAGCCGCGAGAGCACCAACGAGCCUCGCCCACUGCACCCACCCCCAAAACGCGACCGGCCGUGGCCUACCAACGGCUCUGGUGGCCCGCUUCUUGGCAUUGACGCCCUUGUGUCGGCGGCCGAGGAGCACCGCCGCGAGAGCCUCGCAGAGACGAGCGCUUCGGCGUGAGCGUCUUCUUGAUACGGACUCUUGUAGUUUCCUAGUACCAGCCGUGGUCGCAAGACCUCGAGCUCCUGUAGCACCACUUAUCUUGUUGGGUCGAUCUAUAGCUUGUCUGGUAGCGCAAGUAAUUUGGUUCUUGAUGCACAUGCACGUUGCUGUGGA